UUUUCAAUAUUACUUAAAUAAGCAUAUUUGAAGUCAUCUGCGAUUAUUGUGACAAUGUCAUUUGUUCACAUACUAUCCAAAGGAGACAUAAUUGGCUUUAUCACUUACUCCAGAUAUUUCGUCUUUAUUUUGGUGAACUUAUAUUCGUUUUCAAGUAACUACCUACUGUUAAUAAGGAACAAAUUAUAUUAUUGAAUAUACGACUUCCAUGAAUUUCCCGUAAAAUGACGUUCACACGUGGAUAGUUGAUAGUGUGAAAACAACAAAUAAUACAAAUAUAUUGGAAAAAAAACAUAUGGUAUCUAUAUGGGAAAUAUUCAUUAAUUUGAAACCAGGUAAGUGCUUGGUACGUGCAUCGAAAUACAACUAGUUUUACUAAAUGUAGUUUGACAAAUUAUGUUUACGUUUGCACUCAUUCAAUCCGUUUUCUACUUUGAUUUAUGAUUCAUUUCACCUUCGCCUUAUCGACAGCUUUCUCUUUCUGAGGGGAAUAAACACACCAUUUACGAAUCAUGAAAUUGCACUAUGAAUACUCUUUUUUACUUUCGUUUAAGUAAUAUGGAUAUUUUUUCUAUAAACAAUAGAUUCACCAUCUACGGUAUUAAAGAUUCACAGGCAAGAAUGUCGAGCAUACGAACAAAGCGAAGUUAUCAGGCCCUGGUUUCAAUUCUAGAUCUGACGAAAGUUCAAUUGACUGCCAGUGAUAUACAGGAACCAACAGUGAUAACUACGCCAGGGUCUAACGUCCACAUACUCGCAGAACCAUUGUUGGGGCAUUGUGAACAUCCACAGAUGACAGAUAGCGUUGGUAUAAGUGUUAAAACAUUCAUGUCGAAACAAAGCAGCUUUGGAAAUGUUGGAUUUUAUGAACAAUUCUGUCCAGUCCCAAAAGAAUUUUCAAACACUUCCUUUGUGAAAUUAUAUUCUGUUACGGCCAUUUUACAGAAACGUGGAAAACCCUAUGUAAAGUUCAAUGGAAAUCUUCAAAUGUGGAGAUCGGAUAAACUAGCUAGACUACUCCCUUCAUCAGAUAGCCGACACAAAGGAUAUGAGAAAACAAGAAAGGAUGAUGUUCGUUCAAGAAAAUUUCUCUCUAAGGUGCGGAGCUUUCACAAAAGUCAGGAACAUCAACACAACACGCAAACUGAGUUUGGAAAUGUGAAUGUUUCAGUUCAUAUUGAACUUGUGUCUCUGUACCUAACAGACCUUUGCAGUCGCGGACUUUUCCCUCCCACGCCAAACGCAGGUCAUACUCAUUUCACCCUGCCAAGCACAGAACCUAUACAGUUUUACCCUCAAUAUGAGAUUGUGUGGAACUCGGUUAUGAGACUUCUGUCAUUUCUCUACGCACCAAAUGAAAAUUACCUAUAUCCAAUUAUUGCACGGGCUGGGUUCUAUCUUAUCGAUCAAAGUGGCAGUGUUUGCUGCAGCAAAUGCGACUGCUUGUGCAACAUUGCCGAUUUCGAAGAAGGCAAACAAUCAGAAUUUGACAAACAUCACAAGCUUGGAUGUAUGCAUCGCCAAUACCACAAGGAAGACUGUGACCUUCCACAACGCCGACCUGAAACCGAACUGGAAGCACCACAUAGAAAAAUUCAAAACAAAGCUCCUCUAUCACAGACAGACUUGUCACGCAGUCAGGAUGAAGCAGACCUUGUAAGUCACCAGUGUGAAAUAGAAGUCGCCUAUAACGGACAGGGUGAAGCAGAGUGCUUGAAAAGACAAAGUGAAUCGAUGAAAACACCAGGAUGCAUUUCAAAACUAUAUAGAAAUAUUGGGCAACACAAGUCUUCAAAACAGCGAUCACUUCCGACUACCACUCCAGGAAUCCUUAACCAAAAGGCAUUGUCUGUUUCCCUGCAAUCUGACAUCCCUAUCGUAGAUGGGAGUCGCACGUCAAAUAUGAUGGAGACUAAGGAACCCAACGAACAAAUAUCGCCUGAUUUCAUUUCUCGAAGAAAAAGGAAUGAUACACUGCUGCUUCUUAAACUAAAGUUGCAACUUCGGAAAGCACUUGUAGAAAAUGGAUUCUUCUAUGACGGCCGUGUUGUCCGGUGCUGUUGUUGUAAAAUCAUAUACGUGAUACCAUCAGGCGAGGAUCCAUCGCAGUUUCACGCUCGAAAGAACCCUGCAUGCCAGUAUUUGAAAACUAUACACAGAAAGUUGACCCAAAAGACGUCUAAGACAGAUGGACUGUGGUGAUCAGAUUGUCCGAGAGGCAGUUUGCGUGCAUUUUUUCAAAAUAUGUUUUAUUACCAUAACUCAAUAUUGACGUAUCCUGCAAUUUUAGUUACUAAUAACAGCAAACAAGAUUUAAACCAUUUACUACUUAAAAAUGUGAUAAUUAGCUAAAUUAAAAAAAAAAAAAAGACUUUUAUCAACAGUCUGUGAGGAGCAGUUCCUACGUGGCUACCAAAACUGAUGAACAUUUUAAACUAUUAUAUAUUUUAAGAUAUUGUAUCCGAAGUUUAAUAUCGAUAGUGUAGAUUUUGUUCACAUCAAUUUGCAGAAACGUUAAAUAUUCAGCAUUUUGUUGCAUCCAUAUUCGGAUUAACGAACGGAUUGGCUGUAUUGUGUAAAGUGGAAUGUCAUCGUCGUAUGAAACGCGGACCAAAUCAAAUAAUCGUUGAUUAUUUUUCUAUAAAGACAAAAAAUAUUUCAAGAAGUAUUGAUUCUUUGAUAUUACUAUGCUUAUGUUGGCAAAGAACAUUUCUUAAUAAAAACGUUUUUUUUAUUCA